AUGUAUCCGUAAGAAGAAAAAAAAAACGUAUUGCGGGCGUAGGUGGAGUCUUUACACUUUUACCCGCCUAUGUACAUGCGAUAUCCUAUGCAUGGGAACGUUUUCGCUUUACCGUACCAACGUCUCCGACUCUCAACGUUUCUCUACUCGCGGACGGCUCGCAGAACCAUGGGAAUACAAACGGCACACUAGCUACACACAAUAUAAGCUUGUUCCGCUGCAGUUUCUGCACUCCACUUCGAUACUCAAAUGCGAUGCACUUCUCUAUUCCCAUAUCGGUAUGUAUAACGUACGUAUGUACCUAACGUAUAUCAUGGGAUUCCGACUCCGGGUAUUAUCUGUAAUACCGUGUACACAGACUCCGAAAGGCUCUCAAUCUGCAUUUCCGGAUACCAGACGUACGUACGUACGUACGUACCUCGACGUUUUUCUACCUCCUUCUUCGAACUCCGCAUAAAAGCUACAAAAAAAAAAUAGACGAAAUUUUGCUCGUUUGGGUGUUGUUUUUUUUUUUUCUUCUUUUAAGGGGUGGAAAAUUUUUGCGAAUUACUCCCGAUGACUUGGUCCGCCGUGCCGCAUGAAUCUCCGUACCGUGUACACUGUAAUUAAGAGGAUCCUUGAAAAGGUUUUCUUCGAGGCACGUGCCACAUGUCAGUUUUAAAUUAACGCAAAAAAAAGUAUCUCUUUACGCGCCACUCGCCAUGGAUCUGCGUCACACAUGGCUACGGUAGGUAUUACGAUAUUCUACGCCAGAUUUCAAAGCGCAGAAUACACACGGCUCAAUGUAAGAAAUAAUUCAGCCUCCGGCGCAUACUGCAGCUGGAUGAACAUCGGAUGACUUUCGUUCCGACAACCACAUGCCGCCUCCUCCCACAAGGACUCUGUGUAAGGUGCAGGGGGAAUAUCGGUAUAGAUGUGUGCAUAACGCAAGUUCGACGGUAUAUGGGUAUACGUAUGGGAAUACAUACGUUGGCGGCGGAGUCGGAGGACAGGUGCAUCGGGAUCGGGCGUAAAUUCCGUCUCCGCGAGUUGCGUUACAAAGUCGAAUUCUUCCGAUUUUUGAAAAUAAAGAAAAUACAAAAUUAUUUGCAUACGACGAACUUUGGCGGGGAGGGUUUUUCGCGCCGCCGCAGCGGUAUAAUCGCAUCGCGCGCUUUACGGGCCUCAAGUGUGAAUUUUACACCAAGUAAAGAUAAAGUUCUCACGCGUUACCGACUCGCAAACCCACCACUUUGGAUAGGUCAAGGUACGUACGUAUACGUACUUACGAGAAGACCGACUCAAUUUACAUCGAUUACCGUAUAUCUGUACAUCGGUAAAUUGACCACCCUGACGCGUGUCAAUUUCGACGAAAACGAUGCGAAAUAUAUGGCCUUCGAGUGGUCCGUGUCUGUCUGUCGUUCCCUCUGAGGAUUAUUACAGCUGGACCUCGUUGUUAGUAGUCGUCCUUGCGGAGUCGAAAAAUUCCAAAUUCCGGCUACGCGAUGAUGUGUUCGCGGAUGAACGUAACUCAACGUCUGAUGUGCAAAUUUUGUAUCUUGACACGCGCUUCGACGCUGGUAUGAAAAAAAAAAAAAAUAGAGGCAAGCCGAACGUGUAGGUGUACGUUAUGUAAAAGGGAUUAUUCACACAUGAAAACCCAGGUAGGCCAAGGGUUGAUGUUUCAGUAGAAUUAAGGGGCGUCUAUAAUCCCCGAAGUGGGGGAUAUACCGAGAGAUCCACGUGACCAAAGACCGCGUGCUCGAGCUCCUGCUGCUGCUGCUGCUGCUGCUGGUGCUGGGGCUGGUGCUGGUGCAGCUGACGAGGGAAAAUCAACUUUGCAGAGUAGUAGAGUACCUUCACUCACCACGCGGUCGUCGAGAGUGUCACAUCAAACGGAGACCGGUGCAGUUUUUGAUGAUAAAUUAAUUUAUCAGAAUAUAUCAUCACGGAGAUAAUAAGCACAACGGUUUCUUUCAUCCUUUGGCUUCGUUGUUAUCAGGAGCGCGAGUGAAAAUGCGUGGACCGAUUUGAAAUUAUUGAGAUCUACCGUUCGCGAUAAGUACGUCUCUGUUUUUUUGUUUGUUUUUUUUCAACUUCCGCGAUCGAAGAUUCGCUGUUUUAUCCACAAAAUCCACGAAAAGUCAACGUCCGAUUCGUCGCAGACCCGAGGGUAACUGUAGCCUUGUUUAGGCGUGAGAAACAAUUUCCUGCGGCAUUUAUCUCGAUCUCGCCCCCGCUAAGGAUCGCAAAUAUUUCGUGCCGCUCCUCACGUCAGUCGCAGUAUACCCAAGUGACAAGUGUUUGCCGAAGUUCUUACCGUUGAGAAGUUUUCACCGUAGAAAGAGGAAGCCGUCAAUUCAUCGUCGAUUUACAAAGAGAAAAGCAUGAUUUUCCUAAACAAUCGGCCGUCGAUGGGUUUCGUGCUGUUCUUUUGUCUACUGGCGACAUUUCUUCAGAUAUCGGAGAGUCGUCCUCACAUCCGUCAUCACCACGGGGACUCGAGAUGUAAACGUUGCGAGCCCGGAUGGGGUGUGAUAUCGCGAUGUGGAGAAGGUCGAGAUACGGAAUGCGGUAAAUGUAGCAAAGGAACGUACAGUCCUCACCACAGCUUGCAGCCUUGUUGGAUCUGUUCGAGAUGUGGUCCAGGACUAUACGAAGCUCAUCCUUGUACAGGCCGAACGGAUACGGUUUGCGACUCGUGUCACCGUGCGCCCGGUGAGGCGUCGGAGAACGCUGACUUCCGGCGUAAAUGCAAAGGUCACAAUUUCUUCCUGGCCCCCGAAGACGCCGAAAACACCGGCGAACAAAGCCUGUUGGUAAACGAACCUGAAGAAAAAUUCGAUAUGGAAGGCAGAGAAAUUAUUCUCAGGAAAGACGUUGAAGCCGCCGCAGCUGCAGCGGCAGAAGACCUCGUUAAAUCCUCAUAAUUCGAGUAGCUGCAAUCUCGACUGCAACAGGUUCGGAUAUGAAUUCCACAAAAUUGAACAGUUCGCACAUUGCAUUUGGUUUUUGAUUAUCGGUAUUCGUAUAUCAACGCUCAUGCAUGUCCUGGAAAAAAGCGCAUUUCUGUAUUAGCGUUAGGAAGACGAAAAAAAAAAAGUAGGUAAUUUGCGAAACUAUUAUAGUCAUACCAAAUAAAAACUGACGCGGAAUAAUCGUCGGG